GUAACGUGGGUCAGUCGAGGAAACCAGGCGACAGGCGACACUCCACACACAUCCGUACCUAUUGCGACAUCCGGGUACUGUGCGAUCUUUAUCUCUGUCUUUAGUGUCGUGCGCGCGGUUAUAUGAGAAGGGUAAUGGGAUAGAGAGAAGACAGGUUAUAUUUGGAAACAUUUGGAAAGUAUCCGAGCCCCCCCUUCCUCUCCCUGUGUGUGAGAAAGAAAGGAGAGAAGUUUUAUUACAAUGCUUGAGACACAUGGACAACAUAUGAAGUCAUCGUGUUUGUGAGAGAGAGAGAGAAGGGGAGGGGAGAGACUGUCAACAGUUUCCAGUUCCGUGUACCCCGCUAGUAAAACACCGGUCCUUAUAGAAGCUUCCGGUCUUUGUUGGCUGUGUGUUUAGCGGGUGGUGCCAGCUUUUGCACCCGAUCUUGUCUACUGCAGCAGUGGAAACGCGAAAAGCCUCGAGACUGCAGUCCCUUGGUUUGGGGGAGAAGGGAAGAUCGAGCCACCCUGUGUUUGUGUCGGGUGUGUGUGUGUGAGCUGCUAUACUACCCGACCCGCUGUCAAACGUGUAAACCGACUUCUGCAAACGUGCAGCUGCACCUUCUGCCUCCUCUCUUUACCGAUCGAGGGACUCUUGUUAUCGUGCACGUCGUCGCCCUAGUUACCUGCUGUGUCGCCGGCCUCGUUGCCGUGACGCGUGGCAGCGUCCUACAUCCCAGUGGCUUCGUCGAUUCGUCAUUUCCAAUCGGAUGUUGUUGACGACGCUGAUGUUACGCGGGAAAACCUCGACACCACUGGACAGCUCAUGACCAACUGAUCUCCUUGGAACUAAGACCUUUCUUGGAAAAAAGAGUUACCUGGCGUGUUACUACUGAACUGGAGAAAAGAAGCUUCGGAGGCAGUUUAGAAUCAGAAAUCGGACGGUGUGCUAGAAAAUGGCCCAAAAUGUGGGAGAAAGCAGAGGUGGAGAAGGUCACGUGAUGACGCAUCAGGCGACGCCAGGAAGUCACGCGAUGGAGAGAACUGCUGCUGGCGCCGUUACAGAAGAUGAAGAGGAAGAAAAUCCCAAGUCCAGUGUGUGUUGUCUUCAAGGAUGUCUGGCGGGAACUGCUGUCGGCUUUUCUUUCUUUGUUGCCCUUCCGUCUGGUAUCCUCCUGGUGGUAUUUUCCACCAACAGCAACGACAGAGCUCUCCUGAUCGUCGGCGUCGUGCUGGUGAUCUUACCGCUCUUUGUGCUCAUCAUCGUUAUCGUCCUUUGCUUGAAUCAGCGGCGACUGGCGCGACUGCGCAAGCGCAAGACCGGCGAGAACAGCACCAGCACAUCAUCAUCAUCAUCAUAGUCGUUGAAUGACUUCGUGUGACAACUUGUAGAACGUGCCUCAACAGUUUCAUUCGAGUACAGAGGAGGGAGAAGCAAGAGGAUUGAUGACCACUCGCCAGCUUUUACCUUCAUCUUCCUGCUGCGACCCACGACCUGUGACCUCGAAGUUUGACUCGAUGGACUCGCGCCGUUGUCGCUUCUCCUGAAUCUCUUGUUGAAAACCAAGCAAGUCACGUGAUCUCAGUAUGAUAUUCUGCUCUACAGGUGCAUAAUACUUCUGUCUCGGUGUCUUACAACCCACAUUCAGGAAGCUGCUGACCGUCCUGUAAUUAAUCGCGCAUCCCUCAUCUUGGAUGGUUUGGUCUGGACGAUUGUAACAACUGUCAAAAAUGUCUGAACGAGUCCGAGUGGUAUCAUUUUCCGUAUUUAAAGGACACCUGCAGAAUCAUCCACAUGUGUAUACCUUGUUUUCAACUGAAGACUGACUUCCAAUAUUUAGACUGGAUCAUCUUGUUGAUUCUAUUUAUGGAGACCCUACGUCAAUACCAAAGGACUAUGAUAUUCCUUGACCAUGACAUUCUCUUUUUGAAUGUUUUUCCUAGACCAACAGGUGCUUGCAUAAUGGGGAUGAGCAGGAACAAACGUCUGUGCACAAAGGCACCAAGGCACAUGGAGUAAGCACGCUCUCGAACACACAUACACAGGACAUGCACACACACACACACACACACAAGCACACCUACAUACUAGUACCUGACACGAAGGCGGACAUCAGUUAUUAUUUUACGAGCACCAAGCAACAAAAAAAAAAUGUGUAAAGUGUAUGGUGUGGUAUCAUGGGUGUUUGAUACUCGACACAUAUAACUCACCCUGUUACUAAUAAUUGCUUUCGGGUGUCACGUGCAAUGCCUGUUUCCUUUGUUAUCCGAAUCUUCUGGGUUUUUUGUGGAGGGGACGUGGAAUGCUUAGCAAAACAGUUAAUGUACUUGUGUAUACUUUGGUAUUUUAUUUGGAAGUUACGAAGAGGCAAAGAGCGAAGGAAGAAGAAAAGGGAGAUAAGUGAAAAGUUGUCUGCAUACUACACGAUUGUAUAUAAGCGGCAAGUAAAAACCACAUUGAGAACCCAAUUCCAUUCAUUUAUUGCUAUUAUCCCAGGAGGAGAUGGUUAGCUCCAGUGUCAGGAUAGUCAAGAGCUCAUUAUCUUUGGCCUGCCUACCACAACCCAUGUACCCGUC